GCUUGCAGCUGGUGGUGACGCUGGGUGCUGGUGGUGUAUAGAUUGAUGGGAUAGAUCCCGCGAGGCGUAAGCUCCAGUGACGUUCUGACACCAAGCGGCGGCGUCGUUGUGGCCUCGUGAACCGGCGACAUGGCUUCUGAAAGCACGGUCCCGGCCGACCCGGCCGAGUCACCGCUGGGCUUGAGCCAAGAAUCGGCCUCGCAGGUUAUUGAGGAUAUUCGCAACUUCAUGUCGGAUCUGGAUUUUGCCACCCAACAAGAUAACUUUGGGGCGGCGCCCUUGUCGGUGAACAUGAUGCGCCGCCUCACAAUCCUCCGGAAGCGCCUGGCCACUUCUCAGGACAAGAUGCGCCAGCGCUUGUCCUCAAACAAUCUAAACUCCUUGCGCCGAAAGAUGAUUACUGGCAACCCUCACAAACGAGUUCGCGACUUUGUCAAGGAGGAGCCUGUUGUGAAAACCAUCGACAAAUUCUCAUUUGUGGCAGGCGUCUCCACCAUGCUGGCGCUUGAGUAUUUUCUUCUUCAAGAAACCCGCUACUUGCCCUACUUUUACGUGGCCCUCAUGUUCCCACUUCUCAUGGCGCGCUGGUUCCUUUACCGCAAAGCCGGUUGGCAGUAUUUUCUUGCCGACUUUUGCUACUUCCUCAACUGGCUGACCAUGCUGUGCAUCUUGUUGCCUUCGGUGUUUGGAGCCACCGCCCGGCGCAUCUCGUUUGUUAUGGGCCACGGCCCCCUUGCCAUCGCCAUCGUGGCGUGGCGCAACUCCAUGGUGUUCCAUUCUUUGGACAAGACCACCUCGGUGUAUUUGCAUGUACUCCCCGCGCUCGUCAGCUUCUCGUGGCGCUGGGACGAACUCACCGAAUGCCAUGCCAACCCUGAGCUGGAGAUGUGUCAGCUCAGUCUCAUGGACUGGCUCGUCUAUCCCCUGGCCUUUUACGCUGCUUGGCAAGUGUUUUAUCUCUGGUACACUGAGGUGCUCAAUGCCGAUCACCUACGUACCGACCAGGCGCUUGAAACCUCGCUCCGCUGGCUCGCCCGCUCCCCUGGCGGCAUGGCUGCAGUGGCCAAGACCUUCUGUCGAGCAGUUGGCAUUAUGAAGCCGGAUGAAAACUUUGACAGUGAAAGCAUGAAAACCAAACUCAUCUUUGUGGCUUGUCAAUUCAUCUUUACCAUCUUUACCAUUCUGCCAUGCAAGCUGUAUUUUGACUACUACCUGGUCAACGUGGGCUUCCUCCUCUUCAUUUACAUCGCGUGUCUAUACAACGGAGCUUCUUAUUACAUUCAUGUGUUCAGCAAGCGCUAUGUUGAACAGUUUCGCCGAGAAAUCGAGACUGCUGCCGUGGCACAAGAGGCAAAAAUCGAGGCCAUUGCCGAGCUUGCUGAGGAGCAAGCAUCAAAAGAUGCCCAGGAGCAAAGGGCCCCGGAGCAAGACGUCCAGGAGCUCAACGAGUCAACUGAGGACCCUUUCAAACUCAAUUGAAGCUUUAAGUUGCUUCGAAUGUAGCAACCUCGUCACCAACCGUCAGCCCUUGCUGCUAUAGCAAAGGUCAAUGACAGUUUGGAUCUCCUCGGCGUGUCACACACAGCUCACGGGCAGAUGGGAUUGAGAAGUUUUUUUUUCUCGUCUUUUAUACAAGGUGUAUGUUCGCACACGUGCGUUUUCUCGUGCGCGACGCUUGAGUAUGGACCGAGUUUCGCAUCCGACAGCUUGUCAUCUGCGCGUGCCCAACCCAAUCAAUUCAACGUCUUUCUUUGU